AUGGCACUGCUCGUCUCGGAAUCUAGUCACCCCGCAGCCGGCGCAUCCGAAACUCUCUUCUCGCGGACUGCAUCUGACGACUGGAACACCAUGGCCUCUCAACGGAUCACAAUCAAGGGCUCCGCCGUAGUCCCAGGCAUCUACCGACUCAUCAUUAUGACCCUCGAGCCAGUCUUCGCGCUGCUCGGCGCCGUCAUGGUUCUUCACACACCGAAUCAAUACCUCGCCGGAAUGACGCGUAACGCCUUCGCAUACGAACCCAACACGCAAUUCAUCUACACGCAGCUUGGCGGCGGCUGGCUACAUUUCGCGUUCACCGAGGGCGUAGUCAUGCGGGUAUUCGACGACCUCACUCUCUGGCGCGUUCUCUGUGCGGGUAUGCUUCUGAGCGACGCUGCUUUCUGCCACGGUACUGCGCAAGCCGUCGGGGGCUGGGAGAUUUGGCUGGACAGAUCCACGUGGACUGUCGAGGACUACGUUGCUUUCUUCACGACGGCGCCGAUGGUCUUGGUUCGGAUCCUGAUUGUCCUGGGUAUUGGUAUCAGCACACCGAAGGAGGCAAAGGGCAAGGAGAACGAGAAGCAGCUUUAG